AUGCAGGUAGUAACGUUGGGUGCCGGGCAAGAUGUGGGCCGAAGUUGUAUUCUGUUGUCUAUCGGAGGCAAGAAUGUGAUGCUGGACUGUGGAAUGCACAUGGGUUAUCAAGACGAAAGGCGCUUCCCGGAUUUCAGUUUCAUUUCUGGUGGAACCUCUUUAGAUGAACACUUGGAUUGUGUAAUCAUAACGCAUUUUCACUUGGAUCAUUGUGGUGCUUUACCGUUCAUGACUGAAAUGGUAGGAUACGAAGGACCNAUUUCUUCAAUAAUUUCUCCCUGUUUUGAAUCAUUGGAUCGGAAUGUUCGAUAUUUGCUGCAGGAAGAUUUUCGUAAAGUUCAAACUGAGUUCCGUGGCGAAAAGAAUUUCUUCACAUCUCAAAUGAUAGCAACUUGCAUGCAGAAGGUGAAAGCAGUCAAUGUGAAUGAAGAGGUCAUUGUUGAUGGUAAACUGAAAAUACGUGCUUUUUAUGCGGGUCAUGUGCUUGGUGCUGCAAUGUUCCUUGUUUCGGUUGGCUCGGAGAGUGUUCUGUACACAGGUGACUUCAACACGACACCGGAUAGGCAUUUAGGUGCGGCACAUGUUGAGCCUGGAUUGCGACCGGAUUUGCUGAUUACUGAGACGACAUACGCAACAACGAUUCGUGAUUCGAAACGUGCUCGCGAGCGUGAUUUUCUGAAAAAAGUUCAUGAUUGCGUUGCAAAUGGUGGAAAGGUGUUGAUCCCCGUGUUUGCAUUGGGUCGUGCUCAAGAGUUAUGCAUUCUACUUGAAUCGUAUUGGGAACGAAUGGAUUUGAAAAUCCCCGUUUACUUCUCGCAAGGUCUUGCUCAAAAAGCCAAUCAGUAUUAUCGAUUGUUCAUUAAUUGGACCAACGAGAAAAUCAAACGAACAUUCGUGCAUAGGAACAUGUUCGAUUUUAAGCAUAUUGGACCGUUCGACAAUUCAGCCGCUGACGCACCAGGACCUAUGGUACUAUUUAGUACGCCUGGUUAG